AUGCUCAGAACGGCACUGCCAGUUAAACGUAUCUUUACUACAAACGCGCUCCGCCUCACCCCGGCUUCGCUGCAGUCACGGUCGAGACCUGCCCUCCCGCACCGAGAUCCACACCAUGCCAGCUUCUCCACAACGCCCCGCCGGAGCGCAUCUGAGGAGCCAGAGACACAGGCGUUAAUUAACCAGCAACAGAAGGUAGCGCGCUUGCUCCAGUCGGACCCUGAGCUCGCACGGCUCGUGGUGGACUUCAAGGACAUCCUUGAGAGCGAAGGAUUCACUUUGAACGAGCAGUCGAUGCCUAGCAAGUUAGAUAUGGUACGAAUGUUUAUGAGGCCGAAAGUACGCGAGGCAGCUGAGAACCUGUUCGCCAAAUUCAAAGAGGCAGGCAUAGAUCCAAAGGACAUCAUGGACUUUGGGGCAAGUAUGUCGAAGCGGAAGUGA